CGUUAUAGUCCUUAUACAAAACUUGUGAAAAGAGGCGACGGAAACCGUAACCAUGAUAGUAGCAACGAUGGAAGCGUGAGCCAGCCACUCGAGCGAAUUAGUACCGGAUCAACAGUUACCCCGACUGCUGCCUCAGGUGUAAUUAAAUCCUCUCGUACACGUGCACGUGUCCACCUCUCUUGUGUGACAACGCAGUGUUGUGACGCCGCCGCCGCCACCUGGUGUGCUCUCUUUGCAGCAUGGUGCCUGCACGCAAGUGUUUCUUCCUGUUGCUGGCGCUGAUGACAUUGGCAGCCUCCCCAAGCCCCGUUGGAAAGUUACCGGGCCGGCCGAUCGUGUGGUGCCGGACGGUGGACAUGCUGACGCUGACGUGCUGGUGGCAGCCAGCGAAGGGAGAUGACCCCAGCACCAACUACACCCUCUUCUACACCACGCAGUCCGGAUCCACCCUGGCGAACGAGUCCGCCGAGUGCCCGGAUUACGUCACCGCGGGGCCCAACAGCUGCUUCUUCGACCAGGAGCACACCUCGAUGUGGGUGAUGCACUGCGUGACGGUGGUGGCGAGCUCGCCCACGGGAAACGCGUCCUUCGAGAAGCACUGCAUCAAGCUGCUGGACUACGUGGAGCCGGACGUUCCCGUCAACGUGAACGUGACGCUGCGGAACGUCAGCGACCCAGAUCCGGUGGUUCUGGUCACUUGGGCACCACCUCCGUCCGCCAACGUCAAAUACGGGCUAGUGGUGCUGGAGUACGAGGUGGAGUACCGGGCCGAACACCAGACAAGUGGCACGAAAACGUUUGGCAUACAAACCACGGAGCUCGUGCUGCACGGGCUGAAACCGGGAGAGCGAUACUACAUUCGCGUGCGCUGCCGGGCCACCAGCUCCCCAUUCUGGAGCCCGUGGAGCGCCGAGGUUGAAAUUCAGCCACCCAUCGGCAUAAACCAAGUGGCACAGUGGGCUGUUGGCGUGACACUGCUGGCUGCCGUAAUGGGUGCUAUGGUGACGCUGCUGUUCCUUGUCACCCUGAUCGGCACCCGCAAAAGGAUCAAGAGAGUAUUUCUGCCGCCAGUGCCAGGACCACGCAUCACAGGGAUGGAUCAUGACCUGCUCAAGAAAACUCCGCCGGAGGAGCUGCACGGGAUCUUCGCACUGUUCCACAGCUACACGCCUGCGCGCUGCGAGGACACCGACUCAUGGGCAGAGUGCGUCGAGGUGGGGCUGGAAGGGACCAGGGAGAGCAGAGGCCAUGACGCCAAUGGGGAGUGCGGGACCGGAGAGGGUGGAAGACUCCUGGGAAAAGCGAGGCGUGUCAGAGGAGGUGAGGAGAGCGAGGAGGACGAGGAGGAUGAGGAGGCGCUAGACUCUGGACAUGAAAGUUCUGCGAGCGCGGAUGGAAGAAAGGGAGUGGGCAACUUGCCGAGUAGACUGGGCUUGGACUCAAUGCUCUUGCUGAGGGUCAAGGCCACUGCCACCGCAUUCACUGCCGUGCAGGUGAAGGGUCCUUCGCAGGAGAAGACGAAGCAUGCGGGCGUGUCCAGUGAGCAGGUUUCAGGGACAGACUUCACCCGAGAGCUGGGUGCUGGAGAGAGCCCCAAGUUUGUGGCACCUCCUCAGCAAGGCCCAUCGGGCCACUGUGGGUUCGGAGCCGUGGCCGUCUGCAGUGCGGACAGGUCGGCAGUGGGUCGAUGUACAGAUCCGAGUGGGAAAAAUGCGAACGAGCCCGUUGGCAUGAGGUCGGGACUGCUGGACGUGUACGCGCACGUAACCGACAUCAAGGCCGACGGCAGCAUCCUACUCCAAAAGACGGCGAGUGAGCCGCCGGUGCCCUCUGGGAAGGGUUCACCGGAAGAACAUGGACCCAUGGCCCCAGCCGUGCCCUCGGCCUCUGCCCUCUUGCCGUACGUGCAAAUCCCUCUGCACUCUGAGGCAGCGGCGGCAGUGGCUGCCGAACCAGGAAACUCGGCUGAUGAGCAACGGGUUGCCCAGGAGAUGCCGUCCAUUCCGUUGUGUUACGACACGGCCUGCAAUCCACACUCAGCCAGCACGAGCAGAGGAAGCCCUCUCAUGGGUGGAUAUGUGUCCUCAGAGCAACUGGGUGUGUUUCAAGGCCAGCCAAUGGGAUUGCACGGUUAAAGUGUUCAGGCGAUUGCAACACUACAUUGGAUCCAUAAGAUGGUAUCUCUGUAAUUAAUGUUGGCUUGCACAGACACCCAGGGCUUUACGCGCUUGGGCCGGCAGAGAGGUUGUGACGUGCCACCGAAAUGUUAUUUUUCCUCGGGGAGUGGGGGGGGGAAAGUGAAUAUUUUUGCACAGCGCUACAGUCUUCCCAACAACAUGGGUUCUUCUUACAGCAGAGACGGUCGGCAUUUUGCAGUUCACACCAGUGCCCCCCCGUGUACCAUCUGGCGCAGUGCAGCAGAACAACUGCUCGUGUGAAGACGGAGGAAGUGCUGAGCAGACGGAUGUGACGUGGCAUGGAAAAGGCACUCGAAUGAGACAAGCGGUGGGGGAGAGACAGCGCAGACAUUGACUCGGGUUGCCACCUGUCCUGGUGUGACCUGAUUAAAGUCCGAUAAUUGGCAUCCGUGUUCUGGGUGGCAGGAAAUGAGGCGUGCCCGAGAUCUGGUGCCGGUAUCGUGUUGAACUUUACGGAAAGUCGAGUGACAGAAUGCCUCUGGUGUCGGGGCCCAAGCUCUGCCCAGAGUUCGUGUGGCUUUAGGCCAGUGUGUGAAUGUUCUUUGACAUAAUAGCUGUUUUUGGGAUUCUGUGGAAAUUCAAAAGAUGUGGAGCCUAUCCCUGGCAUUCCUGGACACCCUUGCAAACAAGAUGUUCCAUCUCAAGAGAUUUUUCUAAGUGGAAUAUAUGAAAUGUGUUUUUCUUCUUCUAAUGAAACAGGUGGAGAGGACUGUCAUGUACUUGAAAUGAAGACACGGCAUGGAUUACAAUGGAACUGACACACACCACGCUCCACUUUUAUACCAUGCUAGAGUUGAUCUUCUGGCGCAAUAACGGGCCAGUUGUUGAUCGACGGGAGAAAUUUGGCGAUAGUGGCUUUUUAACUGACGUUGGAAUUAUUUUAGUGAUUGUUACAUAUACGAUGCAACUAAUCUACCUUAUUGGAAUGUACACACCUAGUUUAAACGAAUGUAUACGCUUUUUGAAAUAUUCCUCGUUUUUGGAACUCGCUUACACUAGAACCAGGCAUUUUUUUUUUACAAAAAGCCGACGCGCAAAUUUGUAUUUGUAAAUAACUGUACAUGUAAUAAUAGCAUCCAAUGCGUAUUCACUGUAUAACUGUAUUGAUAGUUUCUAUAGUGCGUGUUUGUAGAUAGACUGAUGGAUGCAUGAUGCACGCAUCACGUUUGCAUAAUAGGGUUGCACACAAUGCCGUGUAGAUUUGUUUUCUUCUGUAGGCACAAAACGACACUUGGCAGAGUGUCGUGAUUGACGGUACUGGGAAAAGAAAAGAUCGUCGACCUUCGGCACUGUGUGCCCCCGCUCCCAUCUUUUGCAAGGCGACUUUUUUUCUACGUGCCGUCAAAUCUCGCCACGAUUAUUGACCCAGUGCUCUUCUUGCAUCGUGUUGGCAGUGCGGAAUUGUUGUUUUUGUACAUUUCUCGUCGACGCGCGCUGUGGUGAUACGCACGAGACGUGAAGGGCAACCCCAACCCCACUUCCUUGGCAGUUUUGAUUUUCGAUGUUUUUUUGACCGCACGCAUUCCGACACUGCAAACGAAUAAUAAUAUCCAUUUCUUGAACUGGCCAUGGGGGUGGGUGACUCGGUGGUACAAGCAAGCGGCUCGCAAUGGUUAAGGUUGUCGAAAUUGAACUCCUGAAAUCAAGAUUGAUAAAAAAAAAGAAUGAGGUCCACGUUGUGGGGAAGUCAACAAGCGUGUUGGAAUGUGGAAUUUCCACCACUGGCUCUGCAGGGCUUUUAAACAUGAGAUGAACACCAAUGCCUCAAUGCUCAUUCGAUCAGGGAAAUGAUUGACUAGCAUUUAUACUGCAUUAAAUGACAAAAUAAGAUAAAUUCAACUUCCCACUGGUUUAAGCUCAGGGUAGAGCUAGGGAUUUGUACCUAGGAUUUCACAAGGGCCGGUUCAGUACUCCGAUACAUACUGUAGCACCUAUGGCACCAGUCACCCGCUCAUGACGAACACUUUGAGACUUUUUAAAACGUAGUUUCUGAGCACAGGCGUCAAAUGCCCAAAAUGUCAAGUUUCCAGCAAAAACAGCACCGUCAAAGUUUCCAUAGAUCAAGGGUUAACACGUUUAUUGCAGCUAACAAUGUUAUUAUUUUAAGAGCUUGGAGGGAGAUGAUGGGAGGAGAGAAUUCCAAAACUGUGCGAGGGAAGAAGCAGAAAGGGAAGUAUUUGACCUACAAGUGUGGUGAGUCAGUGGGUGACGCGUGAGUGGCUAAGUGAUUGAGUGGCUAAGUGAGUUCGUGAGUGGAUCCAGGGGGUGGGUGAGUAUGUUGUUGUGGUGACCUGCAGUAUAGUGGUUGAACAAUGUGGAUGAGAUGAAACGGUGUUGUGUGGCUCGACAAAGAGUCAAGCGUGGGCGGCUGAAUCAAUGACUCCAGCUCAUGGGAGCGGUAACCACGGUAGUGGCGGUAAAAGAGUGAUGAGGAGGUGACGAAUCGCCGGUGAGCGAGAGACUGGACGUGAAUCGAUGAGUGAUGGAUCAUCAAUCACCGUCCGCUGCUUUGAGGUAGCAGGACCUGGCUGCUCCACCACAGAUAUGCACCAACACGCACACAACAUUUACCGUAUUCACACCGCGUGUAUGGUAUUUGUCGGUACUGUUUUACUAAUAAUGUAAGACGUUUAGCAAGCGGACAUACUGUAUUGAAUGUACCGUGUGGUACUGGAUGUAUAUACAGUACAGUAUCUCCAGUAUACUGUAUGUACAUACAGUAUGUACAAUGUACAUAUUUUCUGUUCAUGUACUCUAUAUAUAUGAAUGUAUUACACAAUAAACAGUACAUAUAAAUGCAUGGUUCCACACUCCUGCCUAUAGGAGUUGCGCUAUGCCCCUUUGGGUGUAUAGGCAUAUGUAUGAAUUACAUCAGUGUAAAAACUGCUUCAUCCCCUGUAAGCAUACUAGUGGUCUGAGUAUCAGGGGUAGUCCCAGAGUUGACUUAUUGUUAAAAACCGUACACUAUAUUGAACGUAUAUAGGCAUGCGAUAAAUUUCAAGACCAUUUUAGUGUUUUUUAUUAAUGUAAAUAUGCUGCUAAAAGCAACAUCCCAUUAAAAUGCAUGUGAUUAAUGUAUUUUUCCUGAAUACGUUAAAUAAAGGA